AUGCAUAUUUUCUCUAGCGUACUUCUUAUUCUAUCUUGCUCAAUUUUUUUGGCAAACGCCCAAUUCUUUUUCCCAUUUGGAAAUGGCAUGGCAACAUUUCCCACCUCUGGUUACGGUAACCGGGGUACUGUAUAUAAUAAUGGAGGUGUCAAAGAUUCCGAAGGAUAUUUUGCAUUGUGUCGUGGAUGGACGUGUAAUUCGUCGACUUAG